AUGUCUUCCUCCGGAAACCCUACCGACGAUGACAUGGGGCUUGUGCUUGGGAACGUCAACGAAGAUGACUUCAGUUUCUGCGCUCUUCAGCACUUUGAGCACAACGAUUUCUCCCAGAUACCGGGAGUCGAGCCUGCCCCCUUGGACGUGACCGAGGCCUUGCUGUGGGAGACGCCGGAGAGCCCCUGUGCUCACUGCGUCCUGGGCGGAUACUCUUGCAAGAAAAUCCGAGAAGGUCUUCACAAGGGCUACUGCACCAGCUGCGUUGCCCUUGGGCUCGAAUGCAGCUUUGGAGGACCGCUCGGCAAUCCGUCGUUCCUGGACUUGAUGAACCUGCAGACGGCUGGUCCAGUUGAAGAUGGCAUUGCCAGCGCAAAGGCUGGCACGCCGCCCAAGAUUGGCGCCAGGUUCUCUCGAGAAUCAGUCCGGAUCCUCAAGAAUUGGUUGUCGACGCACAACAGACACCCUUAUCCCAGCGAUGAGGAGAAAGAGAUGCUUCAGCGCCAGACAGGCCUCAACAAGACCCAAAUCACCAACUGGUUGGCAAACGCCCGGCGCCGCGGCAAGGCCCAGCCUCCCCGGUCCACCUCCCCUCACGUCGGUAAUCUGUCUGGCUCGAUCGAUAUCCCGCGCAGACGAGGAACACCUGCCCUCGAGGCCAUGAACCCCCUGCAGCGUUGGGAACACUCUCCUCCUGAACACGAACCGGCUUCCGUGACUGCCAUUGCUAGGGCAGUCACUGCGUCGUCGUCAUCCGCAGUGUCUUCUGGGCUCAACAGCCCUUACAGCUUCAACUACACCGACGACGGCUCAAACCGGUCACUCUGCAAUCAGUCUUCCGCCAGCAGUGUGGGAACAUCCCACUCCAGCAAUGGCUCUCUCCGAUCUGUGUUCUCUCAUGGAUCGCAAAACUCGUGGGGCUCUUUCGGCUCGGCGGCCUUUAGCUCCAAGGGUCGACGGCGAAGGAGGCGAAGGGCGGCACCGGGCAAGGAGCCUGGCUCAACCAGCCUUUCCGUCCCGCUCAAGACGUUCCAGUGUACUUUCUGCACGGAGACUUUCCGAACUAAGCACGACUGGCAGCGUCAUGAGAAAUCGCUUCACCUGUCGCUAGAGAGAUGGGUGUGUGCGCCGGAUGGUCCUCGAACCAUCAACCCCGACAACGGGCUGCUGUGCUGCGUCUUCUGUGGCGAGGCGAACCCAGAUGAUGCCCACGUAGAGACUCACAACCACUCGGCGUGUCAGGAGCGGUCGCUGGAAGAGAGAACCUUUUACCGAAAGGAUCACCUGAACCAGCACCUGAGGCUGGUUCACAACGUCAAGUUCAUGGAGUGGGCGAUGAAGCCUUGGAAAGUGGCCACGCCCGAGAUCCGGUCGAGGUGUGGUUUCUGCGGCAUUGUGAUGGAUACUUGGACCAUUCGAGUUGACCAUCUGGCGGAGCAUUUCAAGACUGGUUACUCCAUGGCGGACUGGAAGGGUGACUGGGGUUUCGAAGUUCCCGUGUUGGACAUGGUCGAGAACUCGAUCCCUCCAUAUUUGAUUCAUCAUGAGCGAAAAUCACCUCUCCCGUACAAUGCCGGCCAGUCCCCGCCCGAGUCGCCCCGAAACGCCUAUGAGCUGAUCAAGCUGGAGUUGGCCUACUUCGGCAGCAACUUCUGGGACCUGCACGGCCGACCCCCCAGCGACGAAGACAUGAUGCUGGAAGGAUGUCGUAUCAUUUUCGCCUCCGAAUUGUUGUCCUUGCAGGGAAUCGCGACGCAGGUCUCGUGGCUUCGUGAUAUUAUCAUGAGCAAGGACUCGAUUGUUAAAACAGCCAGGUUUGGUCCCCUCCGUGGCGCAGCGGAAAACAGGCUGCAGACUCUCAAGAUUAACGGCAAGGACAACUUGUUCGAGGAGUGCCCCAUGGAGAGGCAGCUCCAUGAAUAUGUCAAGGCCAAGCAACUACUGGGCUUGACGACCAUGGAUGACGAACUCCAGGAGGAAGCGCGAAAGAUCGUGGGACGAAUGGAAGAAGUGUGCACUCAUCCUUCCGAGGCGGUCGCCAACUGGCUCUUGCGCCUCAUCACGUCGUCGACCGAAUGGCUCGCCGCGUUUCGUCGGCGCGCGCAUCUGCCUCGAAGCGAAGACGUCCAGCACAAGUCGAUCCGGUCGAAGGAUCCAAACUCGAUCGACUCGACAAUCCACAACUACUCCAGGCUGGAAACUGAGCUGGUUGCAUUCCUCAAGCAGCAGCGGUCCAAGGGUAGAGAGCCCACGGACGAAGAGCUUCAGCGACAGGCUCGUGUCACCAUUUACGAAUUCGAUGACGGGUGGAACCAGACCGUGGCGGACAACCAUGAGUGGCUUGCUGCCUUUAGGCAGCGCAAUCCUCCUGAGCAGACGACUUCGCCAGCCUUGAAAGGCGCCGUUGCGACGAUGAGCAAGUCGGCUGAGGAAGCGUUUCCCUCCCACUCCUCUUCUACGGCCAACCCCUUUUCUGAGUUCCAGGCUCGGCUGGACGCGAAUGGCAAUCACCACAGGUCCUUUCAGUACUUCCUCAACGACGCCAACUGUUAUCGAAGGCUUGAGAAGGAGCUCAAGCGAUGGGUUACAUCUACCAUGUCGAAGAAUAACCCGAACCGGCACGUGCCCACGGAUGAAGAGCUGCAGUACCAAGCUCGAUGGAUCCUAUACGACGAUGACGAUCCCUGGAACUAUACCGCCGCCGACAACGCAGAGUGGCUUCAUCGAUUCAAGAGAGACACCGGCAUAAUCAACGACUCCGGUCCGGGUCUUCCAUCAGGUUAUGCGUGGGCGUUGGAGCAGGGCGGCACAGGCUUUGCGCCGCCGUAUGCCUUCCUUGGGGACCACGAGCCGGUCAACAACGACGUCGAAGUAGCGAUGCGAAAUGGCGCCAAACCCAUUACCGCAGGACACUCGGCUGUGAACAGCUACCUGGAGGAGCUGACGUCUUCCCCCAACCGGAAGCCUGCCGUAAUUUUCUGCUCACGCGAGCUGGAAUGGGGCUUGCAGCAAUAUGCAAAAGGGUACUUUAUGGACAAGGGCGUUUUGCCUUCAGACACGGCUUUGAAGGCCAAGGCCCGGGAGAUUCUCAGGGCCGCAGAAACGGCCGCGGACGAUCCUAUUCUUUUGGACAAAUUCAAGGCAUGGCUGCUCACCAGGCUGCCGCAAUUGGCGUCUGGAGAGCCCAUCAGACAAGAGGUUGACAGUGUUGACAAUCUGCCGUCCGCUGUGCCAACGAACAUGGACUUGAACAUCUCCGAUGCGGAGCUUGGUGAUAUUCUCAAGGACAUGGAUUUCGACUUUGGACUGGGCACGAUGGAGGGAAUCGAGCAUGACGGAGGCGUGAGCCUGUAG